CAGCUGGACGCAGCCCAACCUAACCCUGCAGACAUGAGGUGUGCUGCUUUCCUCCUCCUGCUCAUCCUCACAGAUGGGGUGUCGUGUAAAGUGUGCAGUUACCAGGACAUCCUGGACUACCUGAACCUGACCACAGAUAACAGCGUGUAUAAACUGACCCGGCCGGUUCUGGACCACACACACGUCACUGUGGUGAAGCUCAACCUCGUCCUGUAUGCCAUCCUGGCGGUGGUUGAGAAAACUCAGACUUUUAUUCCCUUCCUCUGGGCGUCAGUGCGAUGGAGAGAUGAACGCAUCUCCUGGGAUCCCGAUGACUUCUGUGGAAUCACUCACGUUUCAGUUCCCCGAGACCUGCUCUGGGCACCGGACCUCUUCUUCUAUGAGAUGGUAGAAAAGGAUAAUUCCCCUCAGAAUCCAUACAUGUUUGUGUUUCAUGACGGGACGGUCUCGUUUGAUGACGACAUGAGGGUGGUCAGCACCUGCAAGAUGGACGUCCACAAGUUCCCCUUCGACACACAGGAAUGCAACAUUUCCAUUAGCUCUGCAUCGUUCAGCGUAAAUGAAAUGCAAAUUGUUCCUAUUUCAAACUCCUCUCGGGCCACGCAGUUUUCCAGAGAGAUAAUAAUGACUCAGGGAGAGUGGGAGUUCCUCCAAGUAUCCAUCAACAACGUUGUCGUCACCUUUGACGAAACACCCUGGGAAAUGCUCACGUACACGUUCACCAUAAAGAGGAGGCCCCUGCUGCAUGUCAUCAACUUCGUGCUGCCCAUCCUGUUCUUCCUGAGUCUAGAUCUCGCCUCCUUCCUCAUCGCGGACCAUCGAGGGGAGAAGCUGGGUUUCAAAGUAACCGUGCUGCUGGCUAUCUCUGUUCUGCUGCUCAUCCUGAAUGAAAUCCUGCCCUCCAUGUCCAACAGGACCCCGCUCAUAGCAACCUACUGCAUUGUGAUCUUUGCUCUGAUGCUGCUCAGUCUGCUGGAGACAAUCCUGGUUACAUAUCUGCUGGAAAAAGACUCUCACGACAGGCUCCGUCUGCAUGAUAAACAGGAGGACGACCGUGAACAAUUCAACACUAAAAGCUGCAGUGCAGAGGACGAGAGACAAACCUGCUGUUCCUGCAUCUGUAAAGUGCCUGAAAGCAAGAAGCAGCAUGAGCUCCUGCCUGUUGUUGAGGAGGUGAAUAAUGACGUCCAGUUGGGUGACUCCCACGUGCUGCUGCUGAUCCUGGAAGAGCUGAGGAAGCUGCAGAAAACUACGUAUCUACAGUUCAGCUGCAGGAAGGAGGACAUGACGUCCGCCUGCUGGGCCAAGAGGAUCAACAAAGCUUUCUUCAUAUUUUACAUCAUCACUGUAUUCCUCUUUUUUCUAUUCAUUUUCACAGAAUGGAACUCUUAGAAAUGUGAAAAACUGUUGUUUUGUUAUCGUAGGUCUGUUGAUAUGUAACCUGUUCAUGUAUUUGUGAAAGGAAGUAGAAAUGGAAACUUUAUUAGUCCACACAUGAAGUAGAAAUAUACAGUAAAAUCAGUGUCAUGUUCUGCUUGGAAAAAUAUGGAUCCUGUGUUUUCUGUUCAAUUUAUUUCUUAUGAUUUCAGCCUGUUAGAUUUUUAAAAAGCGUAAA